AUGAGGCAACUGAAAGGCAAACCCAAGAAAGAAACCUCCAAGGACAAGAAGGAACGUAAACAGGCCAUGCAGGAGGCCCGGCAGCAGGUGGCGACCGUAGUGCUGCCCACGCUGGCUGUCGUGGUACUGCUGAUUGUGGUCUUUGUCUAUGUGGCCACCAGGCCCGACCCUGCCUGCCUGGAGCAGAUGGAUGGCGGCAGUGGAGAUGGACAGACCUUGAUGUAUUUCUAUAACAAAGAUGGCGACCAGUGCCAGCCUUUCUUCUACAAAGGCCAGGAGGGGAAUGGAAACCGUUUCAGCACAGACAAGGAGUGCAUACAGACCUGCUCCCCCAGGUUCACUGAGCUCUAUCCAGAAGGCAGUGAGCUGUGCAUGCUGCCACUGGACCAUGGCAGCUGUUUUGGCAUGCUGCUGAUGUACUACUACAAUGCAGAGGAGGGAAACUGUAGAACCUUCCACUACACUGGCUGCCAAGGCAACGGCAACCGCUUUGGCACCAGGGAGGAGUGCCAGAAAACCUGCAUGGCCAGGUCAGGCAGGCUUGGCGGGCCUGCCGGGACAGAGACGAACCCGGACGAGGUUACAACGAGUGCAGGCCUGAUUGUAGGAAUAGUAGGAGGAGUCAUUUUUGCAGUGUCUUUGAUUAUUGCCACAGUUUACUUUGUGAAGGAAAGGUAA